AGAUCAUAUCUUUCACAGCGAUCGAUCAAUCCCCUGGACGAGUGGGAAAUUCUUCGCGAGCAAAUAGAAUACGACGGGGAGCUGGGGCGAGGAGCGUUCGGUGUGGUUUACAAAGCAAUGCUUUGGGAAAGAGUUGGGAUAGAGGUGUUUAGCACAGAGAUUUCAAAACGGAAACUGUUAUCCAGCAAGACGGAGCCUCGGGUGGUUGCUGUCAAGGUUUUACUUGGUGAGACUAACAACGAAAUUAAUGCAUGACCAUUCAAAUAAUAAUAAAAAAAUGUUUUCAUUUUCUCGUUAUAUUACCGGCUCUAGGCAGGUGUUUCGUAAUUACUACUUAUGCCCUAGAUGCAAGAACCGAGUUGCAACAUUUCUAAACGAAUAAGUUUAUUUUGAAGCCAAAGCUCUGGAACUGGUGCUUAUUACGACGCACAACAUUAUUCGAGUGAUUUGUUAUAUAGAUGAAACUUUUGAACCUGGAAAUUCAUUAAACCUGGCAGUAACGGCGGUCGUCGGUCAACAUUAGCGGGUAACAGUCCACUGUUACCCUCGGACGUCAUAGAUUUUGCAAUAUUGCCCGCUGAGAGAUUUUGGCGGGAAACAGUUUCAUUGCUACAGAUGUCCUUGACCUCGAAGUAACCAAUGAGAGCGCGCGCUUUUAAAAAAAUUCCAGCUAUAUAACAAUAUACACAUAAUGUCAGAUCCCGAGGGAAACAGUUAUUUUUUGUUUUCCCGAGAGUCCUGUUGUUUUCGGAGACGGAGUCGAGGGAAAUAUCAGGACUCGAGGGAAAACAAAACCUAACUGGUUUUCCGAGGGACCUGACAUUAAGUGUUUUGUUAUAUUUCUAGCCUUUCACUUAAACAGCGACAAAAGAAUAACCGAUAACCGGAGCGAAUCAAAACAGUCGACUCGGUUCAUAUAAGAACACAAAUUUAAUUCUCAAAACCACUGAAUGAAUGAUUUGCAAUGUACUUUCCUCAUAUUAUCUGCAUCUUUUUCCUCCCCUAGCCGCUGUUUCUCUUCAGGGGUAACUUCGAAAAUCGUUGUUUUUAGCUUGAGGCUUCAUGGUUGUGUUGUGGGCUCUUGUUGUGUGAAAACUAGUAGCGUUUUUCCCCGCCUCCUUUCACGCCACUUUCCACCAUGCUUUGAUCACGUGCUGUAAUGUAUCCCAAGCGGAGAACUAUUGCUUAAAUGUAUCACGAUCGGAUACAUUUGGUUUUUGUCAACGCCAUAUGACCAAGAAUCAACCAAUGGCAGUCCCUGUUUAGUUGAGUGAAAGUCUAGGAAUAUAACAAUGGACGUUGUCACUCAACUAAACAGGGACUGCCAUUGGUUGAUUCUUGGUCACGUGGCCUUGACUAAAAUCAAAUGUAUCCCGACUGUGAUACAAUAAGCAAUGUACCCCGCUCGGGCUACACUACAGCACGUGAUCAAAGCAUGGUAGAAAGUGGUGUGACAGAAGGCGGGAAAAACACUGCCAGUUUUCUUUUUCGUGAAUGAACACAACAACUUGAACACAAACACGAAGCCUCAAGCUAAAGAGCAACGAUUUUUAAACUCAUCCCAGAAGAGAAACAUCAGUGGAGGAAAAAGAUGCAUAUAAUAUAAGGAAAGUACUUUGUAAAUCAUUCAUUCAAUGGUUUUAAGAAUUAAAUUUGUGUUGUUUAAAGUACCGAGUGGGCUGUUUUGGUUCGCUCCGGUUAUUCUUUUGUAAACUGGGUUCAGUUAACUUUCGCAAAGACUGCUGGGACUGUUACUGGGAACGGGAAAAAAUGGCCAAUAGCUGACCUGCGUGUGCGCGUCCCCAAUAACGAUCCCAGAAGCCUUUGCGAAAGCUAACUCGGCCUAGUCUCCUCCCCAUUUCUAAAGUGGAAGUCGAAUUUAACAGAAAAAGUACCGCGCCAAUACGUUUUGAUGUGUUUAGAUAAUCCUAGCGCAGCACAGAAAGAAGAAUUCCAGUUUGAGAUCGAGCAGAUGAAGCAGUUGGGUUCACAUCCGAACGUUGUUUCCUUGGUUGGUUGCUGCACGCUUCAGGAGGAAAAGUUCCUGGUGAUAGAGUAUGUUCCUUUUGGGGAUCUGCUGACCUGGUUACGCUGUAGAAGGAACAGGGUGAGAAAAUGAAGAAAAUUCUACAAUGUACUUUGAACUAGGGUGUACUGAAGAAAAAAAAAGGAAAAUGAUUCGCCUCUUUAGAAACGAGAAGGGGCAUGCCCGGUUUUCCCCUUUUUCGAUUGCAAAAUAUUAAGUAUUUUCGCGUUAUUUUCCCCUUCUUUCUCCCGCUUCCCACCCUAUUACAGCACUCGCCUCCCGCCCUUUCCUCUUCCGCUUUCCGUACCCCGCCUGCCCCCUAUUCUCCUGGGUUCGCACCACACUUGUCCUCCUCAAUUUUUAGCUCCGAAUUCUCAUUUCAGAACGAUAUGGAGCUAGAAGCUUUAGCUUGGACCCAUUUGUUAAUAACAAGUACGUUUUGUUGUGUGAACAAAGUAUGACGCUAUACGUAGCAUUACAGUAGCCAAAGCGAGGUGUUUUCACUUUUUGAUGUUGCUGAAUCUUGCAGAUCUACACACGCCAAACCUCCAAGAAGAUUUACGACGACAAAGUGGGUUUGAAAGAUGACGGAAACGCCAAAAAUCAGGUAGAGGUAAACUAAACGCUAUGUUCAAAUGGUCUUAAAAUUGCAGUCAGAAGUUUUAAGCUUAUGUGUAACUAAAUCUCAUUCUUUGAUACCAAUAAGUAACAUGUCCAGGAGGACAAUAAAACGGUUUUUGUAUACGAUAAGCAUGGCUUAGCCUGUAGAGUGUCGAGUCAGUGAGUGGCUUAGACAGACCAUUGGGGCUUAUCAUGUUGACAGUGCCAUAUAAAAUCCAUUUUCGCGAGCAUCUAUUCGGAUCCUACAGUACCAUCAUGUACAUAAUCUAAGAGUAUAAUAGCGGAGCUCCUUGCGCGCCCGAAGCGCGCGCGAGCGGAGCACCAUAACUAAGAUAAUUUGGUAAACUAUCCAUCCGAGAAAUUUUGGUUAUGACGUCAGUUUACGUCCGUCCGUACGGACUUUCCGGGUAGUAGAAAGUAGUCCGCAUGGAAUCUUGGGGUAGGGGAAAGUAGAGAUUUUUCAGCGGGAAAUCGCAUGGCGCAACGUCGCGCAAUUAUAUCGCGCAACUGGUUUUGAAAAAGAAAUUUCAAAGCAACUUAGCAAAAGAUUUUUCGACAGAGCCUUUAUAACUUUUUAUUACAAUUUACAAAAGCUAUUAUGUCAACAAACAACAGCAGAGAAAAUUUAGUGUGUAGACGACAGGUUUUAAGCAGAGAGCAAAGACAAGGUGAACGGCAGAGAGCAAGAGUCAACACGCGUAGAGCAAGCGAAGAUGAUCGCCAAAGAGAGCGCAUUAACAGUAGAAGAAGAAGACAAAAUUUUAGCGAAGAAAGUCGGCAAGUAGAAAGAGUCAGGUGUACCUUAGUCGGGAAAGAUCGAAGCGACUCUGCUAGCAGGGUACAGAAGGUGUUAUUACCAUUCGAGAUGCAGCUCCUAUGGCCCCGCGCUAUUAACAUUUUGUUUUCAAACUGAUCUCGGACGCGAAAAUUCAGCCACUCAUUUAAAAAUACAAGAAGGGAAGACAGAGGCUUUUCACUUUUCUCACCAUAGUCACGCGUUGAUCACGUUCUACGUCCAAUUUUUAUGCUCUGAUUGGUCAAAAUUUGACAGGUGAGUUCAUGCAGAAAAUUUAUACAGCAUCUUGAAACUUGUUUACUUUGACAGCUGAAGCUGACAGAGUUUUUUGUCAACUUGUGAUGUUUUGUUUACAAAGCAAUGCUUUGGGAAAGAGUUGGGAUAGAGGUGUUUAGCACAGAGAUUUCAAAACGGAAACUGUUAUCCAGCAAGACGGAGCCUCGGGUGGUUGCUGUCAAGGUUUUACUUGGUGAGACUAACAACGAAAUUAAUGCAUGACCAUUCAAAUAAUAAUAAAAAAAUGUUUUCAUUUUCUCGUUAUAUUACCGGCUCUAGGCAGGUGUUUCGUAAUUACUACUUAUGCCCUAGAUGCAAGAACCGAGUUGCAACAUUUCUAAACGAAUAAGUUUAUUUUGAAGCCAAAGCUCUGGAACUGGUGCUUAUUACGACGCACAACAUUAUUCGAGUGAUUUGUUAUAUAGAUGAAACUUUUGAACCUGGAAAUUCAUUAAACCUGGCAGUAACGGCGGUCGUCGGUCAACAUUAGCGGGUAACAGUCCACUGUUACCCUCGGACGUCAUAGAUUUUGCAAUAUUGCCCGCUGAGAGAUUUUGGCGGGAAACAGUUUCAUUGCUACAGAUGUCCUUGACCUCGAAGUAACCAAUGAGAGCGCGCGCUUUUAAAAAAAUUCCAGCUAUAUAACAAUAUACACAUAAUGUCAGAUCCCGAGGGAAACAGUUAUUUUUUGUUUUCCCGAGAGUCCUGUUGUUUUCGGAGACGGAGUCGAGGGAAAUAUCAGGACUCGAGGGAAAACAAAACCUAACUGGUUUUCCGAGGGACCUGACAUUAAGUGUUUUGUUAUAUUUCUAGCCUUUCACUUAAACAGCGACAAAAGAAUAACCGAUAACCGGAGCGAAUCAAAACAGUCGACUCGGUUCAUAUAAGAACACAAAUUUAAUUCUCAAAACCACUGAAUGAAUGAUUUGCAAUGUACUUUCCUCAUAUUAUCUGCAUCUUUUUCCUCCCCUAGCCGCUGUUUCUCUUCAGGGGUAACUUCGAAAAUCGUUGUUUUUAGCUUGAGGCUUCAUGGUUGUGUUGUGGGCUCUUGUUGUGUGAAAACUAGUAGCGUUUUUCCCCGCCUCCUUUCACGCCACUUUCCACCAUGCUUUGAUCACGUGCUGUAAUGUAUCCCAAGCGGAGAACUAUUGCUUAAAUGUAUCACGAUCGGAUACAUUUGGUUUUUGUCAACGCCAUAUGACCAAGAAUCAACCAAUGGCAGUCCCUGUUUAGUUGAGUGAAAGUCUAGGAAUAUAACAAUGGACGUUGUCACUCAACUAAACAGGGACUGCCAUUGGUUGAUUCUUGGUCACGUGGCCUUGACUAAAAUCAAAUGUAUCCCGACUGUGAUACAAUAAGCAAUGUACCCCGCUCGGGCUACACUACAGCACGUGAUCAAAGCAUGGUAGAAAGUGGUGUGACAGAAGGCGGGAAAAACACUGCCAGUUUUCUUUUUCGUGAAUGAACACAACAACUUGAACACAAACACGAAGCCUCAAGCUAAAGAGCAACGAUUUUUAAACUCAUCCCAGAAGAGAAACAUCAGUGGAGGAAAAAGAUGCAUAUAAUAUAAGGAAAGUACUUUGUAAAUCAUUCAUUCAAUGGUUUUAAGAAUUAAAUUUGUGUUGUUUAAAGUACCGAGUGGGCUGUUUUGGUUCGCUCCGGUUAUUCUUUUGUAAACUGGGUUCAGUUAACUUUCGCAAAGACUGCUGGGACUGUUACUGGGAACGGGAAAAAAUGGCCAAUAGCUGACCUGCGUGUGCGCGUCCCCAAUAACGAUCCCAGAAGCCUUUGCGAAAGCUAACUCGGCCUAGUCUCCUCCCCAUUUCUAAAGUGGAAGUCGAAUUUAACAGAAAAAGUACCGCGCCAAUACGUUUUGAUGUGUUUAGAUAAUCCUAGCGCAGCACAGAAAGAAGAAUUCCAGUUUGAGAUCGAGCAGAUGAAGCAGUUGGGUUCACAUCCGAACGUUGUUUCCUUGGUUGGUUGCUGCACGCUUCAGGAGGAAAAGUUCCUGGUGAUAGAGUAUGUUCCUUUUGGGGAUCUGCUGACCUGGUUACGCUGUAGAAGGAACAGGGUGAGAAAAUGAAGAAAAUUCUACAAUGUACUUUGAACUAGGGUGUACUGAAGAAAAAAAAAGGAAAAUGAUUCGCCUCUUUAGAAACGAGAAGGGGCAUGCCCGGUUUUCCCCUUUUUCGAUUGCAAAAUAUUAAGUAUUUUCGCGUUAUUUUCCCCUUCUUUCUCCCGCUUCCCACCCUAUUACAGCACUCGCCUCCCGCCCUUUCCUCUUCCGCUUUCCGUACCCCGCCUGCCCCCUAUUCUCCUGGGUUCGCACCACACUUGUCCUCCUCAAUUUUUAGCUCCGAAUUCUCAUUUCAGAACGAUAUGGAGCUAGAAGCUUUAGCUUGGACCCAUUUGUUAAUAACAAGUACGUUUUGUUGUGUGAACAAAGUAUGACGCUAUACGUAGCAUUACAGUAGCCAAAGCGAGGUGUUUUCACUUUUUGAUGUUGCUGAAUCUUGCAGAUCUACACACGCCAAACCUCCAAGAAGAUUUACGACGACAAAGUGGGUUUGAAAGAUGACGGAAACGCCAAAAAUCAGGUAGAGGUAAACUAAACGCUAUGUUCAAAUGGUCUUAAAAUUGCAGUCAGAAGUUUUAAGCUUAUGUGUAACUAAAUCUCAUUCUUUGAUACCAAUAAGUAACAUGUCCAGGAGGACAAUAAAACGGUUUUUGUAUACGAUAAGCAUGGCUUAGCCUGUAGAGUGUCGAGUCAGUGAGUGGCUUAGACAGACCAUUGGGGCUUAUCAUGUUGACAGUGCCAUAUAAAAUCCAUUUUCGCGAGCAUCUAUUCGGAUCCUACAGUACCAUCAUGUACAUAAUCUAAGAGUAUAAUAGCGGAGCUCCUUGCGCGCCCGAAGCGCGCGCGAGCGGAGCACCAUAACUAAGAUAAUUUGGUAAACUAUCCAUCCGAGAAAUUUUGGUUAUGACGUCAGUUUACGUCCGUCCGUACGGACUUUCCGGGUAGUAGAAAGUAGUCCGCAUGGAAUCUUGGGGUAGGGGAAAGUAGAGAUUUUUCAGCGGGAAAUCGCAUGGCGCAACGUCGCGCAAUUAUAUCGCGCAACUGGUUUUGAAAAAGAAAUUUCAAAGCAACUUAGCAAAAGAUUUUUCGACAGAGCCUUUAUAACUUUUUAUUACAAUUUACAAAAGCUAUUAUGUCAACAAACAACAGCAGAGAAAAUUUAGUGUGUAGACGACAGGUUUUAAGCAGAGAGCAAAGACAAGGUGAACGGCAGAGAGCAAGAGUCAACACGCGUAGAGCAAGCGAAGAUGAUCGCCAAAGAGAGCGCAUUAACAGUAGAAGAAGAAGACAAAAUUUUAGCGAAGAAAGUCGGCAAGUAGAAAGAGUCAGGUGUACCUUAGUCGGGAAAGAUCGAAGCGACUCUGCUAGCAGGGUACAGAAGGUGUUAUUACCAUUCGAGAUGCAGCUCCUAUGGCCCCGCGCUAUUAACAUUUUGUUUUCAAACUGAUCUCGGACGCGAAAAUUCAGCCACUCAUUUAAAAAUACAAGAAGGGAAGACAGAGGCUUUUCACUUUUCUCACCAUAGUCACGCGUUGAUCACGUUCUACGUCCAAUUUUUAUGCUCUGAUUGGUCAAAAUUUGACAGGUGAGUUCAUGCAGAAAAUUUAUACAGCAUCUUGAAACUUGUUUACUUUGACAGCUGAAGCUGACAGAGUUUUUUGUCAACUUGUGAUGUUUUUUACUGUCUUUUUAAAAUGAAAUACAGCUGCUAUCAGCAGUCUUCUGUUAUUCAUGGCUGGUUUGUUUAUUGAAUUUUUGGUUGAGAAAUGCGCCGCUUGUCAAAGUCAGAAAUCCGAUUUCGGAUGACAUCGUUUUCGUUUUUCACCUUGCUGGAUGCGGGUUGAAAAGUCCCUCAAGCGAUUCUGGCCUUACUUGAUAGCUUUCAGGAGCUGCAUCUCGAAUGGUAAGCCUGAGUAAUUAUUGUGUUUGUUUUUUGUUUUUUUUUUUAAUAUCUAAUUUCAUGAAGUCGAGCUCAGUUUAUGGGGCUAGUUUACGCACGUUUGUAUUAAGAUCUGAGACAAUGAUCUGACCUAGUAUGAGGUUUGAUAUAAGCUUACAGAACUUUAAAAAACCUCAAGUCGAUAUUUUCUCUCCGCAAAUAGAAAGAAAAAACGUUCCGAAGAGUAUUUAGUUAUAAUUUUGGCUGUAGAAAGAAAGCUUUGAGCGAUUUUCUUGCCUCCAGUUCAUCUUUGAAAACAGUAAACACCGGGAAGCCGGCUAAAAGCUUUAAGCUAAGCUUAAAGACUCAAGAUUUUUAGAGACGCUUUAAUACUUGUCUUCGUGAAUGAAAAUUUUUGUCUCUGUAAAUGUUUCACCGAAUUAUAUUUCUUUUAUUGAUUGUUAGUAGUCUCUUGCAAUUUUAAUCGGUUUGCCGUUUGUUUUCAGUCGUUCAUAAACAUCGCUUGCAGGAGUACUCACAUUGCCGCGCUUAUCAAACGCUUUUUAAGAUUACACAUCGUUAUAAAACCAUUAAAUAAAAAAUGAACACAAUAAAUUCUUUAUUACGUUGAAGCGUAACUCUUUUAAUGCUUACUGAAAAUUUGGCUCUUGUCAAAAGUGAGACCGGCUGGCCGUAUAGGUGAUUUUGGAAAUUUUUUGAACGGUUUUGCUAAAAGCCCACGCGUGCUUCGAUGGUUCUGAAUAUUGAAUGAGUGCAAUUUGUCUUGAAAAAUUGUGAAAUACUGCAUUUUGUCUGAGGUCUGUAUGAUAAAAACAGCGCCUCCGCCAUAUUACUGUUUCGCCUCAGAUGUGAUGUAUAAAAAGUAUGAAAUGUUGGUUUACACGCACCCAGAUUUGUUGGCAAGAUUUUGUUAAGUAAACUUGUCGAACGCCAAAAAUUCGGCUUGAUUUGUUUUCCAGGCCUAAUCUACUGUGAUCAAGAGCCAUCAUGGCUCUUACAUGUGAUCGAAGAUGAUUGCUAUUUUUUGGGUGUACAUAUAAGGCUAUCAACUCUAUGUAAGAUUUUUUUGACUCUAAAAUCACUUAGCCUUAGCUUUCCCUAAAAAGUCACAUAUGUGCCCUUAAGUUAACUGUGGAUUACAGGUUUAUUGUUUGAUUUAAAUUAUGAAUUUAUUAAUGGGAGCUUCGCUUUUAGCCCAGGCUAAAUCCCUAUAUUAGUCACAGCUUACUAUGACAUGACAUUUUCGAGUAAUGCAUUGGCCAGGGUACAUUAUCUUAUUCCGAUGUAUCUGUUCAUUAUUCAAAAAUUGGACUUUACAAAACGUAGCUCUGUUAAGGUAAUUAUGUUCUUAAAUCAGGGAGAGCGAAUUCGUCUGAAUAGGUUGAUACAAUUGCAUAAAUUUCGUCCUGAAACUGAUCUCUUUACUAACAGAAAUUAAAGUGACCUUAGAAGGCCUGACAUCCAAGCAAUUAAUGAGCUUAUCAAGUGAGUUUCCAAGCAUGUAACAAAGUUAUCGUAUCAUAUUUUUUUUCUCUUUGAGGUGCAAGAUAAAGAAGAGAAGCAAGUGAGUACGGAAUUCACUCCGUUAUUACAAGAUGACAAUGACGACAAGAUGGGCAAGAUGUUGUGUGAGAAUGUAAGAACCAACGGCUUGACCAUUUUAUAAACUAACCUCAAUUUUGCUGUCAUUUCCUUCAAAGAGUAAAACUUCUCUCAAUGUUUAAUUCUGCAGGGGCACCCAACGAGAAUAUAGUUCAAAAUCACUUAAACAUGCAAUGUUGAUCAUAUUUUAGUAUUUAAACGGUAGAUAUUUAUAGGCAUAUUUUUAAAAACUUUUCAUCUGUUCGGAUUUCCUAGGUGAAAGUCUAGUGAUCCGAAAAUUAUAGGAAUCAAAACUUACCUUUUCGAAAAUUUCAGCCCGAAAAAAGGCUCCCGAAAAUUCUAGGUGACCUUUUUGGGGUAAAAAUCCGUUAAAAAUGGGCAAUUAUACCAUUUUUUAAAUGUUCGAAAAUCCUAGGAGAGGCAGGCAAGCAAGAAAUUUUACAACAAAUGUUCCGAAAUUUCUAGAUCUCAAAUCGUCUUCCGAACAGAUAUUUACCAAAAAUUGACAUUGGGUGCCUCUGAUUCAACUCUAUAGCCCCAUAUAAGGGAAUCCAAGACGGUCCUGGAUUCUGGAUUCCAAACCGUGGAUUCCAGAUUCCAGGCACUGGAUUCCAGUAAACGAUCUGUCAGUGGAACUUGAAUCAUAAUUGGGAUUCCGGAUUCCAAAGCCCAGGAUUUCGAAUUUCUCAAGCACAAUUUUCCAAGAUUUCGGAGUCCAUACGCUAAGAAUUCCCCGGAUUCCGAAUUCUGGAAUCCCGAUUUCCUUACAUGCAGCGAACUCUUCCCCUGCAGGAUAAGGGAUUCAAAACUAUCACCGACGAACAGCCAACAGUCCCUUCCGCGCCAAUGGAAAAUCAGCACGCCCCCGCCCUGUUAGCCUCAACGGAAAGUUUGGCCGAAGAUCUCACUGAUGACGAGGUGUCGUUUUCCACCGAUCAAAACAUCUUUUCAUUUGCUCAGGAAAUGGCGAAGGGAAAGGUAAUAAUAGAUAUAUUUAUUUACUAGGGUAUCUAAAAGAUAGUAAUGCUGCGGCACAUUCUGUCGAUACUGGCAUUAGUUAGGCAGUUGACUUAAAAGAAUCGAAAAUGACAUUGAAUGUCCUAUUUACAUGUUGGAAAGUACUAGAAUAAUUACUAUCAGUCUAUAUAAAGAACUCGUGGGAACGUUGUUUAAAAAAUGAUCAAGUGGUUAUCAACUCUGGUUCUCCCACAGUAAAUUGUAGGAAAUAAUAGAAAUUCAGAUUGUUUAUCCAUAUAUUUAAUAUAGGGUGUACUAUCUUUUCUCUGGAAACAUGAUACUUUUCUUGCUGUUUAUUGCACUUUAUUAAGUAACAGUUAUUUAGCUAUAUAUUUAAAGAAAACAACAACACAAAAAACAGAAAAAAAAAGAAAGAAGGAAAGAAAGAGUUCGGUAGGACUCGAACCCGGCAUCAUCGGCUCGACGCGACUUACACCUCACCACUACACCACAGAGACUGGUUACAUAAUUUUUGGAAAAGUCUUUAAUUUAAUUCCUUUUCCGAGAAACUUCCGCCGGCAAGAUGAUCGCCAGCCGCAUUAAUCGAGCUGUUAACGGCAAAAAAACAAUGUAAACGCAUAUUCCAUGGUAAUGAAUGAAUGAAAGAACAAAAUUAUGCUUUUCAAAACGCCGAUACACGUCCUCGUCUGCAACGUAGGACACAAAACAUAUGUUUUGUUAUCUCGAUUUCCGCUGUUAUUUUGAAGCGAAUGGUCAAAAUCACAUCCAUUCUCGGAUCAUGCAGGUUCUUAAGAAUAGCAUGGCAUGACAUUUUCUCACUUUCACAUCACCUUCUAGCAAGCUGGAAUUUGUAUAUCCCCCGUGUUGCGGAGUCGAAGAGCAAAUACUCAUCUUCUCGUCAGGUUUGACACCUGGACGAGUUAAAGGCUCUUGAAUUGAAAUCCAAUCCCCAAGUUAACCAUCGUACUCAUCUGAAAGACUCCUGCGUGUCUUAAAUUUGGUAAGACCUCUAACCGUGCUGUAGAAAAUUUGCUACAAAGAAAACCCUGAGUCUGGGCAGCGAACGAUGCGAACUCCGUGUUUUUGUUCGUGGCGCAAUGCACUCUGGUUAAAUGCAAUGCAUUGUGGUAAAAAGUGUGGUUAAAUGCAAUGCAUUGUGGUAAAAAGUGAUGAAUUCGAGAAUUCGUCGCCCCUUAUAUAUUUCCCUUAAAUCCUGAUUAUGUUGCUGCUCGCUCCCUACGGUCGCUUCGCAGCAAUUAAAAACUGAAUCAUUGGAUAAUGCAAUUCUAGCAUUUUGAUUGGCUUAGCCGUUAUGGUAUAUGAGCUAUUAUACCAUGCUCUCCAUAUAUGGUCGGUGUACGCGUCAGUUUAAAAUUGGAAGCUAGCUGAGAUUUUUUUCGCGAAGGAUAGAACGGCGCCGAAGCAAAUCGUGUUAAUUCAUUUCUUAGAAUACUAGAAAUGCAAUUUCACCGAAAGAAAAAAGACAAAAACAAACAAAAAAGCCACAAGAGCUUGUUUGAACGUUUGUCGAAAAACACAUGAAAACACAUGGAACUAAAGUACCUUGACCAGCUACGAAAGAAGACAAGUGUUGUUUCCUCAUGAUCGCGAAGCCAUUCGCCGAUCGAGUCACUCGCCGACAGAUAAGUACGGCUUGUUUAUCCAACAUCAAGAAUAUAAAUCACAAGUAACCAGCUACAAAUACAGGCUAUGCAGCCACCCACUAGAGCAAUCGAGGCGGCAGUAUAGCUUCUUUUCUCGUUCAGCAAAACCAGCUUGUGGGUUCAAACAACCUCAUAACAACCGACCGAGGUAAUAAUUUUACUCCGUUGUUCUUACUUUUAUAACUGCACCGAAAAUCCAAAUUCACAGUAAUUUCGACGGCUGUCACUUAAAAAUUCUUUUCCUUCACAUUAUCUGCCAGGUUUUUUUAGCUGUUCUGCUGUGUAAAAUCCUAGAAUCCAGAUGAGUUUUUAAAAAACUAAUGUUCAUCGCUACAAUGUUUUGAUUUUUCAUGUUACCUGUCGAACCUACUUUUGUUGCUUUUCUUUAGCACUCGCAAACAUAUGUCCGUGGCCUCUCGUGCCAUUCUUUCAAAUUUCUUGGAAGAACAGUGAACUCAAAACUACCCACAAUACUUUUCGGGAUGGUCGCGUGCACUUUUUCCGACAACCUUUCUCGACAUAGCUGUAUACAACUCUCAAAAGGCCACAGCCGCCCAUUACUUAAUAUUCCAUUAAUUAUAGUAAUAAACAAAUAUACUAGUUCCAAUUCUUUUCACGUCAUUAGUUAUUAGUUGCUGAUGUUUAUAAUAAACAUUUUUCCUCAAUCUCCAUGUCCAUUUGACCCAUCUGAGACAACAAAACAGUCGUCAAAGGCACUAACUCGUGGCGCAAGAUUCUCGCGCGAGCCUCACACGGCUGAGGGGCCUCAUUUCAGGACCUUUCGUUUAACCGCACACGCGCGCUUUCCUGAUCUACCCAAAAAUACAGGUUGUUCUGCAUUCUAGACCCUUCUUGAGAUGUUUUACUCUUUUUGUGCAUUUAGGAUACGGGAUUGAAAGAGUCGGGAAAAGAACAGUUGAACAUGUCAAACAACCCACCCGAGGACAGUCAGCACACUGUCUCGAAGCCGCCUUCAAGUGAAAGUCUCGAGGAAGAUCCACAUGACGAGGAGGAAAGCUUUUCCACUCAACAGCUCUUUAAAUUUGCAUGGCAAAUAGCGAGGGGGAUGGUAGCUACUGUAUUUGUUUACAUGCUAUAAUAUUUGACUAGAGAGUUCGCCUUUAAAAAAGAACGCUGAUUUCAAAGGCCAAAUGCAUGGGGCAUAAAUAUAUUGACAAGUAGAAUUUCCCUACCAAAAUCUACCUGCCCUCAAGAAAAGUACCAAGUUUUCUGAUAAAACCACUUUUGAGCGCAAAACAGCCAAAUCUGGCUAAAUGCCAUAAAAUGAAAUCGGGUGAAAAAAUCGGCAAAAGACGAGUUUUAGGAAAUGAGUUUUUUUCUGCAGUUUUGGUAUCUUGAAAGCAAUCACACGAUCUACGAACACUCUGUUUUACGCCCAUUUCGGUUCCUUGAGCUCUCGGUUUUCUUUCAGAGUAGCCUACCCUCGAUCUUCCCAAAUUUUUACUCAUUUACAGAUAUUCCCUUGAUGUACUCUCGUGACAUGAUCGAAGCCGACUUCGAAAACCUCGAUCGAAACUCAGGUACCUGGGCGUGACUUUUGAAACACUGAAAAUACCAGUAGAACAGAAACGGCGGCGAUUGUACGAUGGACAACAACUUAAAAUGACUGAGAAGCAAUUCAACCAUCGUCGUACAAAACAUUAUAGGAAAAAUGCAGCUAGGACGCCGGACUUUUCGUAUUAAAAAUUAUUAACGAAUUUUAAUUCGCUGACCAUAGUUAGUAGAGAGAAGACUGGUUAUGAAAAAGCCGGCGAAUUUCAAAGUUGAAAACAACGGUGCUGUAGUUUAUGUUGAAAGCUCCCUGACCGUGCACAAUCCCUUGUUUAUUUGUGCACAAAUUGAGACUGAAAAAGUUAAUGAGAUUUUUCUAUUGGUCAGUUAGUUCAAAAUGAUAGGAAUGCUAUUGAACAUUGUGCGCGGUCAGGUCCAGAAGGGCUAACAAAAACAUAUAACAAAGAGUCUAACGCCUUGAGUCUAACGGGUUUCAUUACUAUUCCACUUUAAUAACUAUGGCCCAACUAAAGUCACUUUGAUUAUUUAUUCUACAAAAUUUCAAAACUCAGGAGCAACAAGUUAAAGACAAAACUGAAUAUUUCGAUCGAAUCGCUCGAAUUUCAUCAGCAAUGUAAAAAUGCCGGGUUAUGUACCAAAAAGGUUGUCAUGUUCCCUCAGGAGGGGAUAGUACAUGGCCGGUAGGUCCAGUCCCUCGUCCCUAUUCACGGAGGGUUUUCUUUGUUCGAUGGUAAUGGGCUCCUUGACUCGGUAAAAACCGUGAUGGUGCUAUUUUUGUCAGAUAGAACUUUAGCGUUGUGUGGGUUGAUGUUGUGACCGCCGUUGCUCGGCAGUGUUCGAAAACGGCAAAAGUUUCACGGGAUUGGUGUCAGUCUUUGAUCCGGGUACAAAGCGAUUUUGGAAGAAUACUUUAUAAUAAUUUUGCCCUGUAUAUUUAAGAGUUGGUGUCUGAACUGACGGCUAACUGGCUGUUGAUCAUGGACAUAAACUCUUCCUUGAAUUAGUUAUCUGUUAUUAUGCGAUGCUAAAAUUUGAUUUCCCUUUCUCUACCUCUAUAACUAGAAUCAUCUUGCCGAAAAAAAUCUUGUUCAUAGAGACCUUGCAGCUCGUAACGUCCUUGUUGGCCAUGACAAUCGGGUGAAAGUUUCUGACUUUGGGUUGAUGCGACAAAUCUAUGAAGAUGUGAAGGAGUCAGAAAAGCCCAAGAAACUUCCUGUCAAAUGGAUGGCUCCAGAAUCGCUUUAUCGAGGCACCUUUACCAUCAAGAGCGAUGUGUGAGCAGAAUAAGACUUUCAAUUUAACGCUAGACUAUAGAUCUCAUCGUAUGAGUCUCGUAUGGAUUAACUUACUUUUCAUAGUCUUUUCCGAACUGACCUUUUCAUCCCCGACGACGUAUACGUAAUUUUUUCGCAGAAUAUCUCUGUAAGUUCUCGAACGCCAUCUCAUUAUAGCAAAGUUUGAGUUCAAAUUUUGCCAACUGAUUUAUAUUAGUAGGAUUUUGCUGGCCUCUGUAAAACUAACCUAGAAAAGGCAAAGCGUGAAUGCCCUUCCACAAAAUCUUCUUAGCCUUGACCGUCUGACUAUAUCGCUCUGUAACCAUUUUGGUUGUUUUCUUUCAUAGCUGGUCCUACGGCGUACUUCUGUGGGAAAUGGCCACAUUGGGUAUGCAUACUUAGAGAUUUAUUUACUUUAAUUACAACUGCUUGCUUACUUUUCCUCGUUUCUGAUAAAAAAAACACUGACUCAUAUAAUUUUUUUGGCCCAGGCCCCAGUUAUUCAUUCCCAGAUGCCGUCUUCUCUAGCUCUCGUGCGUUUACUAUCCCUUAGGAAAAAUGGGGGACUACUCGUAGUCUAGGGUUGCCCCAACCCACUGAUUCAAAGCGAGGCUAAGUGUGAAGCCAUUGAUAUGAAAAUGAGUUUUUUUACUUUCAUGCAAAGGUAACUCAUUAUCACAAGAAAGGUUUUGCACAGGUUUUGAAAGUGAGGGUUUUUGUAACUCAGAAAUGGCCUAUCCUGAGGGACUCUGCAGUCUUAGACCUGAACAAAUAACGUGAAAAUGAUUGUCAAACUUACUGCCCAGCUUUUUCUGAAUAACCGAUUUUCUUCUUCUGUUGGAUCCAGGAGGCGUACCAUACCCUACGCUGACCAACACAGAGCUGUAUCGCCUGCUCAACUCUGGAUACCGAAUGGAAAAACCUGACAUGAGCUCCGAUGAAGUGUAA